AUGAAAGAGUUCACUCUGGGGAAACGCCAUCAAUGUAAACAAUGUGGCAAGUGUUUUAGCCAAGCAGGACACCUAAGGAAUCAUAAAAGAGUUCACACUGGGCAAAAGCCUUAUGAAUGUAAACAGUGUGGCAAGUUUUUUAGUCUACCAGGAAACCUAAAAAGGCAUGAAAGAGUUCACUCUGGGGAAACGCCAUAUGAAUGUAAACAAUGUGGCAAGUGUUUUAGCCAAGCAGGAACCGUAAGAAUUCAUGAAAGAGUUCACACUGGAGAAAAGCCUUAUGAAUGUAAAACGUGUGGCAAGUGUUUUAGCCAAGCAGGAACGCUAAGGAUUCAUGAAAGAGUUCAUACUGGGGAAAAGUCUUACAAAUGUAAACAGUGUGGCAAGUGUUUUAGAAAUGCAUGUGUCCUACGGAUUCAUGAAAGAGUUCACACUGGGGAAAAGCCUUACGAAUGUAAACAGUGUGGCAAGUGUUUUACGAAUGCAGGAGAGCAAACGAGGCAUGAAAGAGUUCACACUGGGGAAAAGCCUUACAAAUGUAAACAGUGUUGCAAGUGUUUUAGCCGAGCAGGAGGCCUAAGGAUUCAUGAAAGAGUUCACACUGGGGAAAAGCCUUAUGAAUGUAAACACUGUGGCAAGUGUUUUAGCAAAGCAGGAAACCUAAGGAUUCAUGAAAGAAUUCACACUGGGAAAAAGCCUUAUGAAUGUAAACAGUGUGGCAAGUGUUUUAGCCAAGCAGGAUACCUAAGGAUUCAUGAAAGAGUUCACACUGGGGAAAAGCCUUAUGAAUGUAAACACUGUGGCAAGUGUUUUAGCCAAGCAGGAACCCUAACGAUUCAUGAAAGAGUUCACACUGGGGAAAAACCUUAUGAAUGUAAACAGUGUGGCAAGUGUUUUAGCCAAGCAGGAACCCUAAGGAUUCAUGAAGGAAUUCACACUGUGGUUGAGUCACGUAAGUGUUCCUUGAAAAACAAAAGUUUGUCUAAACGUUUGAAAUCUUGCAAGUGGAAGAGAGCGGGAGGUAAAAACGUUGACGUUAGCAGAGCCAUAGGUUUUACAAACAAACUUCAAACACAGAGGCAGACUGGAAGCACUGAUCUAGCAGAUGCACAAUUGGUCAUCUUUGAGAAUUACAGCUGCUGGAUUUGUCAAGAGGAGAUGAGUAGCGAGGCUCUUCUUCUUCAACAUUAUGAAAACCAUAUGACCUAUGUUUGUGAAGAUGACUCUUAAGUUAAUCAAAGUAAAAACUAUGGGGAAUUCUGUAGGCUCUAGGAGGAGGGGGUGCAUCAAAUCACCUUGCAUCUCCCCACAGGCACCGGAGGGUUGUUGACCAAUGAUUUUAAACAAAGUGAAUUAGUGAUACUUUGCCUACAAUGUACAUGUAAUUGCAAAAUCGUUCUGAAUUUUUUGCGACGGUUGAGCAGUUCUUAACAUAGUUCACCAGAGAAUGGGCGGAAGAAACCAAGAAGAGGGGCCACUGCCAUAUUUUGUCAAUGUAUGAUUACCUCUGUUCUAAAACUGCCUCGAAAAGAAACUGAAAGUGCCAUCAGUGAAGAUUUUUGGGCUGCAGAAUUAUAUAAGAACCGUGUUUAUUUCAUUUAAAAAUCUUGCGGGUCAAUUAGGAGUUAGAGAUUACUGCGCAUUUGGAUAGGGAUGCCCUAGGGGGAGUGGCCCAUCUCAUCUGUUAAGUGUCACGUAACUAGAGAAAUAUAACUUAUAUGUACUAAUCCCUGGGGGGUGCUCUUAGGAAUUCUUGUUGUGGCGCCCAGUUCUCUAAAUCCUGACCCUAUUUCAGACCAAAAAUGUCUUUUUGACACCCGUUUUCAGAACAGACCUUUAAAAUCCAUACCCGUUUUCAGACCUUGCCUUUAGGCAGAAAUUGUGUCAUGAUUACUUAGAUUAGAGCAUAAACAUAAAAUCAUUUAUUCAAAUGCAUUUCGAAUUCGCAUAUUUCUAUUUCGUUUUUUGGGGGGGCGGGGUCGGGGGGGGGGGGUGUUGAGAGUUCUAGGUCAGGGCUCAAAUCAGAGUGCGCGGAUAUUUUUCAUUAGAGCUUUCUCUGGUUGUUACGCCAUACUGACAAGCCCCGAAGAGGGCGAAACAACUGCCUAUGGCUACAAUCCCGCUCUGUUUUGAGUUCUUUCGGUGUCGUGUUGAUGUCUUGCAGAAUUUAUUUUCACGUAGUGCGAUCAGCAUUGCAGUUUUCUGCUUGCAAAGUCUAAUAUGUCUACGAUAAGUACGUUCAUACGCUCCCGUAGUUCCCUCAUAAACCAUAGUCGAUUUCAGAGAAAAAUUUACACACGUUUUCAGACCAAAAAGGUCCAAAAACCAUACCCUUGGGGUGGCACAUACCUAUAUGGCUUUUAAAGGGGUUUUUCCACCCCCCCCCCCGGGGGUACUUUCUAACAUACUUUUUUCUGCAUCGUUCAUCUGUUUGCUAAGAAGCCCCCAACUUGGAACACUACUGAAAGAUCAUUAUGAUCAGCAGCAAACUUUGUGAAUAAUCAGAUUUACAACUUUCUUUCAAUUUUACUUUUGAACUUUUAAUGCCAUUAUCAAAAUACGUACGUAAAGUAGUCUAUUUGCCAUUUAAUCAAUUUUGAAGGUCCAGAAUUUUGCCGAUUGUCCACGUUUCGAUUUUUCUUAAUACUGCUGGCCCUCAAAACGCUCGCAAUGUACUCUCAGAAAACCAAAUUCUCCCAACGCCCCCUCCCCAUCCAAGAAUCAAGUGCACUCGUUUUGGUCCGUCUUCUCGUUGGAACGCACUGUCACAGAAAAAAAAACCUGGCUACGGGCCUGGCCGAGGAUAACUCUGUAGAAUAACCUCCUGCCUCUGGCCACAUCUCUGGCCUCAGAUCUUUCGCGCCGCUGUAUCUCAACUAGGAACGAAAAACACACCCAACAACUACCUGCUACGCAGGCUACUGCAAGUAGUAGUGGAGAACUGAACUGCUCGCUAAGUAACUGACGUUUUUGCUGCAUUUUAUAACUAGUAAUAGUUGACACUACAGCUGCCCCCGCUCUGUAUAUUGUCGGUCAAUAGCAUUCUUGCUCGUUGUGUAGCUCUUUGAAAUAUACCGAUUCAUAAGGAAGAUUUUCACACAUAUUCCAUACAAUAGGUGAGAUAAAUACAGGAAACUCAAGGUUCCAUGCACAGUUUCAGGUCGAUUUACACAGCUUUGAUCAAAACAUUCUCAGUUUCGAGAAUAGUUUAUUCUAAACCAUAAGAAAAGAUUUAAUUAGAAGUUGAAUUUUUCGCUAUUUAUCUUUCACUUUUUAUAUUCAGUUCACUUUAUUUGCCGGAAAGGAAGCCUUAGAAAUUAAAAGGACGUUUGAUCAAUUCCCGGGGGGGGGGCACUUGGGUAUUUUUUGGGUGGGUAUGUACCGCCCGGGACUCCAAAUUGGCACCCCAUUCUAGAAAAAAUUUCCACUGAAAUUGAUACCCCGUUCUAGAAUUCGCCCUAAAACUAAUACCCCGUUCUAGAAAUGGGCCAAUUUUUUAUACUCCGUUCUAGGGUGCAACAAGAGUACAACGGUUUGCUUGUUAACGCAUUGACCGUAUUUUUAAAAGCAAUCUGUCCUUGAAUACUUUCAAAUGGCUGCUUACAAAAGUGGAGAGCUUUCGUGGGUUCGAAAUAUUAUGCCCCGUUCUAGAAAACGCCUUUGAAAUGGAUACCCCGUUCUAAAUCAGGAGCUUCAAAAUCACGACCCCUUUGGGCGGCACAUACCCAUAUAGGUAAUGUAUGGGAGUACCCCCCCCGGAUCAAUUCACACGCGCGCAUUCUAGUCUUUUUUUAGAUUUUUUAUUGGAAGGACAUCUGUGAGCAGGGAAUAAGUCAGCGCAGAAUGUGAUUGUCGGAGAAUUUCUGUAAUCGUCCAUCGUUGUGCUAGUGAGAAGCUAGCCGUUGUUCACUUGUCUUGCUUAUUUGGGGUUGAGUCUUAUUCCGGUCAAAGAGAGAGAAAGAGUGUCUGGCAAGGUUUCCAAUGAACGAUUUGUGAACUCGUGUCUGGCAACCUCUCCAAGUGUUUAUAUAUACACAGUUAUACGCACCUUAUAACUUCUUCUGCGCUUAACGAGUGUCAUUAAAAUUUUGGUCCAUAACUUUCACCGAAACAACUGCUCCACUGAACGUAACGCAAAAGAGUGUCGAAGUAUGACUGCACAAUAAAUGUCACAAAAUCUACCUAAGCGGUCCCUUGGGGAUGUUCUGUCUUUACGUCAUCCUAACCAUUUCGUACUUGCGGGCGCAAACGAUAGAAACGUCAUCAUUACCUACCGAUUCCUCGCGGCCCCUGUUCAAGUAGUCUGCUACACAGCCGUUUUUAGUGGGGAGGAGCGUUGCGUGACGACACUAAAAACGGCUGUGUAGCAGACUACUGUUCAAGCAAAUCGAGAUUUUUUCUAUAUUGCCUGUAUGACUGUAUAUUUCAACUGUAAGUACUUUCCUUAAUAUACGCGCGAGUUCCUCGGGAUUGCGGGGGCAAUAAAAACUACUGAUAGAAAGUAUAGGUUGUACAUUUUAUAGCCUCGUAAAUUUCUAAGACCAAUAUCAUUACCGGCUUUGAGUGCAUGUAAGCGAUUUAUUUAAGAGAUUACCGAUUAGCCUGCGAGCAAGCUCAUUUGGGGAUAUCGUGAAAAGUGACGCGCGUGAGGCACGCGAGAGGAGAUGCGAAAGCGGGGGAUGGCCCCUCGCGACUCCCUUCGUUCGCCCAAACAUGAGAGCUUGAUCGCAGGUUGGAGCCCGUAACCCGGAGCGUGUAACCCCCAUGCUAGGCCUAUGUCACGGCGUUUUAACUGACCAGUUUAUUUUUUGACACAUUUUGAGGCAAUUUUUCCCGCGAAAAUGGAAUGUCUGCCACAUCCAUGAACGCAUUAAAAGGCAAAAGUUAUCAUUUUUAGGGCUGUAUGUUUUUGCUGACGGGUUUGUGUGACUUUAAAGAUAUUCUAAAUUCGCGCCAAGAUCUUUCUAAUGGGCUCCUGUCGUAGGCCAGAUUUCUGCCUUGUUUGAGAUACCUGUGGACAUGUGUCAAAAGGCGCGGGUCACUUAUUUAAAAAUAAAGGUCUCUUAUAACGUCUUACUUCGAGACACACUUCUGUAAGAAAGAAUAAUAUAAACCACUGUAUUCAACUGAAUUUUCGAAUCAAAGCAUAACCUUGAACGUACAGAAAAUGAGUUAUAAAGGGCAAUGAAGAAGUAAACAUAAAACGAAAAAUAUAUACCGUAAAUCCUCUAUUAAGCCUCCCUCUCAAAUAAGCCCCCCUCUCUAUUAAGCCCCGUCCCCCCUCCCCCUCCCCUUCAUUCUUCACAAACAAUACAUACAUAAACACAUGCAUACAUAUAUGUUUUUUAUUUUUUAUUUUUUGUUCACAGUCCUCUAUUUUCCCGUGAGAUCAUCGAGAUCGAGAGCUUUGCGUUACGGGCUACCCAUCUUUCAUGAGUGUCAAAACUACCUAGGGGGCGGGGUCGGUUUGGGAGGAAGCGAGAAAAAUAGAGGGACUGUAAUAACAUCACUGCAGCUCGCGUUCAGGAGGCGUGACAGGAAUUUCACGCCUUUUACCAUUCAUUAAUUAAGAAACUCCGCUGGUGAUGAAAAACAUGCCAGACACAUUUAGCAUCGAUUACGCGUGUUUACAAAUAUCUCCUUUCGUUCUGGGCCAUUCCUCGAAAUAAAAUCGGCAAACAUGCCCAAGAAAACAUUUUCCUAUUACUCAAAAUACCAAAAUCCUUCGUGUGUUCGCGCAAGAUGUGCCUUAUGGUAUGAAAUCGUACGUUUUAUGGAAACGUCGACUUGUCAAUGUCGGCAGCUUAAACUAAACCCGUUGACAACGCAGUGAUGUUAUUACAGUCCCUCUAUUUUUCUCGCCCCCUCCCGCCCCCCUGAGCUAUAAUCCCCGACGCCCACCCCCUCGGUACAUUUGAAAAUGACGGUAAGACGCGGUAUACACCUAAUUGCAAUAACGUUGUCUUCGAGAAAAGAAAAAAGGAAAAAGCCAAAUAGGAAUUAAUUAGGCUAAUAAGCCUAAUGAAUUCAUUUGCAGCAGCCGCACAUGGACGUCGUAUUUGCCUGUUGGAGUUUGCUAUUGUUUUAAAGAUGAAAGACAAUAAAUCUGAAAAUUCCAGCGGGGAAAUGUAACUGCUGCAAAUAGAUCCACCAUGAGAAUGUGGCUAAGUUAGCCGAAUUAAUUCCUAUUUGACUUUUUCCUUUUUUCAUUUUUCUAUGACAACGUCUUUGCAAUUGGGUGUGUCUAAACGAUCUCACGAAAAAAUAGGGGACUGUGAACAGUCUAUUUAACUUGGAAACUUAUACAGUAAAUAGUAUAUCAACUAUAAUUGCAAAUAACUAAAAUUACAAACAACAAUUAACGUGGACUGAUCAGUUAUGCUUUAUUCAGGCUAGAAAUUCAUAUUGUUUUCGGUCUUCGCCCACAUGAUCCCAACCUUGUGUGCUUAACUUUUUCAUCUUUACAAGGGAAAAGCGCCCUGGGGACGAGGUUGUCAACUCUACGCUCUGUGGAGAAUUGUUACCAUUUUCUUAUUGAUAGAAAAGGCACUAUAACACCCGGGAACCACAAGUCCGUCCUCGAGAAACCUUGCUCCCGUUGAUGCGUUUCGCCUCAAAUAAGCCCCCCCCCCCACACCUCUCUUUUAAGCCCCCCUCUCUAUUAAGCCCUCCCCACCUCAAAAGUGCUUGAAGAAAAUAAGCCCCCGGGGGGCUUAAUAGAGGAUUUACGGUAGACAAAUAUAUUUCAAUAUGUAUAUUUUCUGUUUUAAGGAUCAGUUUGUUUAUGAUUUGGUACAAGUUUUCAUUGUACUGAUCCAGGUCUACAACUAAGAGAUCCGGCACCAUUCAACGGUUUGUCGCUUGUACUUGCUGAUAUUUUAUAUUUUGGCACCGCAAUCUUUGUAUGAACAUUGAAUAUAUUUGGAGUGAUUUACGCGUGCAAAAAAGAUAGGAUAACUAAAAGUAAAAGUGUUGAAAGUAAAGUCAUCCAAUUGCUUAGCCUCUAUUCAAAAAAUUAUAGUCUUGCAAUAUUAGCUAAUAUUGGUGCCAAGACGUCUAGCUAAAUAAUAUGAAAUACAGUUUAAAAUAAUGAUAGCAAUAACAAAAUGGAGAAAAAUAUCAUAGCAUUAAUUAUAUUGUACAAUAAUAAAAUUCAUCAUUGACUAAAAUGCUCAAAUAAGAGUUUUUUGAAUCGAUCUGCGGACUUAAUGUUAACAAUUUCGCUUGGUAACGCAUUCCACUUAGACAAACAAACAAACAAAAAAAAACCCGUCACCCGUGCCCACACUAAGUUCAUAUCAUCUAGCUUAGGUCCCCACUCCUCACGGGUUUUUGCACUUUGCCAUGGUUCCUUCCACGAUGUGAAAAUCAAAAUGGCAGCCAUCAGAACGUGAUUUAUGAAUCCUUCAGUUCUUGGUUUUAUCUUCCCUCUUGUGAUUUGAUCAAAGCGACAAGGUCUUAUUACUAAAGGUAAGAAAGUUUUCAAUACAUUAUGGAUAUAUUCAGUUGUGAAAGUCAAAUGACAGCAGCUAGCUACUCGGAUGAGAACACACAGUACACAGAUGAUUCCGAGUCAUACUACUUUCGGGCUCGAUAUGGGGCCAUCAGAUCCUAAUAACAACGGACCUGAACUUGGUUUCCCAGAUACAAAUAUCUAUCUGCUUCUUUUAAUUUUUUUUUUUUAUGUUUCCAAGCAUAUUACGUUGUUUGGUAUCUGAAGGCUUCAAUUAGCUUUAAACUUAUCUUUUCAUGAUUAUUUUACUAUAGGCCAUUUUACAGUUAUGGAUGAAAGCGAGGGUGAGGGUGACCUUGUUUUGAUACAAACCUUCUUUGCUUUGUUAUGGUAAUUGUUCUUGAGAAAUACUAGUAAGCAUAAGAAUAACUUGAUUUUCAUAAUAAAGCAGGAAGGUUUGUAUCAAAACAAGGUCACCCUCAGCCUCGCUACCGUCCAUAACUGUAAAAUGGCCUAUUGCAUGUAAUAACGCAAGACGCCUAACUAAAAAAAAUGAAAUAAAGUUAAAAGUAAUGAUGGUAAAAAAAUGUCUACAAAAGAUAAAAUGGAUAAAAAACAUCAAAUUGACUGGGACUCUGGGACUUGUAUAACGUAUUGUACAGACUACUAUCAACGUCUUACUUUAGAAAGCUGAGCCGAGUUGUUCAAAGCUGGGUUAACCCAGGGUUAGUGCGAGAUUUGAAUUCAGAUUUGAAAGCUUAAAAAGCAUUUCAGUUUUAAUUCUUUUUGUCUACUAGUUGAUGAUUGGAAGCUCUAAAAAUAACAGAGAAAAUUAUCCGAGAAAAUGCUUUUGAACACAAGGAAAAGAAACCAAAAAUCGGCCUUCGAACAACUGGGCCCUGGUUUGCUAACUUAGAACAAAGGCCACUGAAUCGUAGCCAACAGUUACCAGCCCCGUACAAGCGACUUAUUGACGAGAUCAAGCAAAACUAACUACGAGAGAAGGACUGGAGAACUGACAAUUUGACUAACAAUAGACGACUGUUUAACUGUGACAAUAGACGGAUCGAAACGCACCAAUUACUGAUUAUAAGUCUUCAUAGCCAAUAACAUCACGGCUUAACUGACACACGACCAAUAACAUUGCGACGUAAUUGACCAAUCAGAUCAAUAACCGGAGUAUAAUACCAUCAACUGACAUGAUACAACUCACUUUGACUCUGAAGAUGACUACCGUACAGGUUGUCGAAACGUCAGUCACUGUCAACAACAGUCCUAUUCAGGACUAUGUUCACCCGGACGAUCAAACUCAACCUACUUUUCAUUUUCUUUACGUUUACAUGUGGUUGAAAAUCAUCUGGCACUCGAGGUUGCCCUUUUCUGUGGUAGUUGGUGUCUCAUUGACCAAUUUAAAAUGGGUGGGAUUUUCAGGAUCUGGCACAGGCUGGGGAAUAUGUUUCAUGGGCACAGGGCUUGUCCAUCCUUUGUUAGAAGUAAGAAUGAAACGAACAACGUUCAGUGAUCAUGGUAGAGUAGUCAUCAUAGAAGUACACCAUAAAGAGAUCAUUAAUUUUGUAAUGGGCAUUGAUGAAUUGUAGAAUUUUUUUAAUGUUCGCACUUCCAGGGACCCAUGAUUUCCUAUUCUGAUUCGCAGAUUGGUAUUCCUCAAGAUUACUCCUCCUCAGCUUCAUUUUUUCCAGCGGGGAGAGCAGUUAUGAAAUCCUCUAACACCGGCGCGUCAUCUACUCUCUCCCUGUACCACAAUUUAUUGGGUGUAUUUCAAUACCAAUACAGUUUCCAUGUGUUGACUCACCAAAUAACUGUCGCAUUUCUACCACAGUUUUAGCCUAAGUUCAUAUUUUUUUAGAGCCCGAUCUCUUUGUUCAAGAAAAAAACACAAAGCUCGUCACCACAGAAAGAAAAAUCUUCAAGGCCCGUUCGGUUUUUUCCUGACCCGGUCAUUCCCAUAAAUAAUGAACCGUCCCUUAGAUCUCAUUGUGUUUUGAACUGGGACUCAUGAUUUCCCACUUGUCCCAGGACGUGCACUGUACCAUAACUAUUUGUAACAAAAUCACUGCUGUUCUGGUAUAACUUAUUCAUGUGCUAGAAGUCGCGAUUUCUUUUUAAUCUUCAACUGCAUAACCUCCAAGUUUAUGUGCUUGAGUGUUUCCAAUUUGCAUUCCACUUGUUUUAUACAGAAUUAAUUUUUUGAUAUCAUCUUCUGGCAGCUGUUUGUUUGAUGUUUGUUUGUUCCAGUUUCAGAACAGGAAGUAGGGAACCAUUACUUUAGUCUGCUUCUUCCUCUCCCUUUUCUUUGCUUUUGGUAAUGCAUUUCACUAAAGUAAGUAACCUUCCUAUCAAAUAAUCCUCACUCUCUGUUAAACAUGCUUAAAAAAUAAGCACCCAGGGAGUUUUAUAGAGGAUUUAUAGUAAUACAGGUUCCACUAUAUUGUUUGUAGGAAAGCUGCAUGAUAAACCUUAAUGACCAAUAUAAUAAUUGUAAAACUAUGUUACUGCCAACGAGACAACCAAGCUAAGAAGCGAGGUUGCCUCCGUUGAAGAUUCAUAAUUCUGUGUAACCUUAUAUAAUUUGAAUUUUGACCAUAAAAUUAUUUGAAUGUAAGUAAGACCCCAUAUUUGGGCAAUCACGCCAUGGUCUUUUAGUUGCAACUCCUGGCCCGAGAUAAAGUGAUCCAGUGUAAAACUGAUCAUUAUCUGUUCCUGAGGAUCUAACGGGUGAGAAAGCUUUAAUACGAUUUCUUGUUUGAAAGAGCUAUUAGUGCUCCGUUUUGCUUUAUAAUUUAUGUUUAAAGAAACAGCUGAUCAAAGAAUAGGGUUGUAAGCUCAAAUUUUUGUUGGAGCCAGCUCUUUCCUUGCAGCUAGUUUUCAGUGUUCUCUUUUCCUUGUAAAUUGAAUUUGAAGCAGUAGCUGUUCAAUGAAUAGGUUUAUACUGCCAAAACUUUUAUCAUAACCAGCGUGUUCUUCGCAGUUCGAUUUACAUUGAGCUAGUCCUCACGGCCCCUCACCUUCCGUGAGGAUUGCAACACGUUUGUGGCCAUUUUGUCAACCAGCAUGUUCUUUUGCUGCUCAAUUUACAUUUAGACAGGCCUAAACUAACGUGAGGAUUGCAAUGAGUUUGUGGACAUUUUGUUUUAAAGACUAUCAUUAUGCCUUUUGAGAGUGACACUAGCUGAAGUUUUUAUUUUUAUACCUCUGGUUAGCCUGUGUGCCAGAGACUUUUCUAGCGCGGUUUCCGGUCAUUGCGCCCCAUUUUUUCGCUUUUGUCACAUUUUGCUUUACACCACUUUUUUCAUCAUGUAUAUUACUAUGUGGAAUACUGUUUUCUCACCCCAGACGAUGCUGUUGAUCGGCGAAAGGCAACCGUUUCUUUAGUAUGCUUCUUCCUCUACUUUUUUUCUUUGCUUUUGGUGAUGCAUCUCACUAAAUGAAAUAACCCUCCCUCUGAAAUAAUCCUUACUCUCUGGUAAACAUGCUUAAAAAAUAAGCCCCUAGAAAGCAUUAUAAAGGAUUUACAGUAAUACAGGUUCCACUAUUUUCUGUAUUACAGCUGCAUGAUGAGCCUUAAUUACCAUUUAUAAAUGCGUGUUAUUUUACAAACCACAUAUCAAAUACAAAGUCAACAAAAUAAUGAUAAAAUUAACCCUACUGAUGGAUUCUCCAUGUUGAAGGGGUCAUGGAAAGUUGUACAUGUAGGUAUGUAGUCAGUUUAUAAAAGCUCUAGAACCACUUUUUCAUAGGCAGGCAUCUUUAAAGUUUUCUAAUUUUUUUUCUAAUUCUCCCUCGCAAUCUUCAGAUCUCGCACCCCCUAGCUACAAAGUUGGGGCACCAAAACAUAACAUCAUUGUGCAUUUACCUGAGAAUAUUUCUUUUUCCUGCCAAAGGGUACCAUAACUAUAACACGUGAGAAGAAGAACAAACCCAAUGUCCUUUGAGUGCCUGCAGUGCCGCAAGUGCUUUAGUCUAGCAGGAAACCUAAGAAUUCAUGAAAGAGUUCAUACUGGGGAAAAGCCUUACAAAUGUAAACAGUGUGGCAAGAGUUUUAGCCAAGCAGGAACCCUAAAGCUUCAUCAAAGAGUUCACACUGGGGAAAAGUCUUAUGAAUGUAAACAGUGUGGCAAGUGUUUUAGCCAAGCAGGAACCCUAGGGAUGCAUGAAAGAAUUCACACUGGGGAAAAGCUGUACAAAUGUAAACAGUGUGGCAAGUGUUUUAGCCAAGCAGGAACCCUAAGGAUGCAUGAAAGAGUUCACACUGGGGAAAAGCCUUACGAAUGUAGACAGUGUGGCAAGUGUUUUAGUCUAGCAGGAAACCUAAGGAUGCAUGAAAGAGUUCACACUGGGGAAAAGCCUUACGAAUGUAAACAGUGUGGCAAGUGUUUUAGAAAUGCAGCACACCUGAAGAUUCACGAAAGAGUUCACACUUUGGAAAAGCCUUAUGAAUGUAAACAGUGUGGCAAGUGUUUUAGCCAAGCAGGAUACCUAAGGAUUCCGGGGAAAAGCCUUAUGAAUGUAAACAGUGUGGCAAGUGUUUUAGCCAAGCAGGAACCCUAA